AUGGCAUUUUAUCCACUGCAAAUCGCUGGACUGGUUCUUGGGUUCUUCGGCAUGGUCGGGACCCUUGCCACAACUCUUCUGCCUCAGUGGAGAGUGUCGGCUUUUAUUGGCAGCAACAUAAUUGUCUUCGAAAGGGUCUGGGAAGGCCUCUGGAUGAACUGCGUCCGACAAGCCAAGGAUAAGCUGCAGUGCAAGGCCUAUGAUUCUCUGCUGGCCCUCCCGCCUGCCCUGGAGGCGGCCCGGGCGCUCAUGUGUGUGGCUGCGGCCCUGUCUGUGAUUGCUCUGCUUGUUGGCAUCUGUGGCAUGAAGAAGAUUCAGUGCACAGGCUCUGACCGGAGGGCAAAAGCAUACCUCGUGGGAAUUUCCGGAGUCCUCUUUAUCCUGACCGGGAUCUUCGUUCUGAUUCCGGUGUGCUGGAUGGCCAAUGACAUCAUCCGGGAUUUCUACAACCCAGCGGUCCACGUAGGUCAGAAACGAGAGCUGGGAGCCUCCCUCUUCAUCGGCUGGGCCACUACUGCGGUCCUCAUCGUCGGAGGGGGUCUGCUCUGCGGGUUCUGCUGUUGCAACCGAAAGAAGCCAAGGCACAGAUAUUUAGCCCCUGGGCGUCGUGUGCCUCACGCACGUAAUCCACGCCGGCCAGUGACGGGGCUCAGUAGGACUUCUACUAGUUACGUCUAA